CCUUAAUGUGUGACGUCAUGGAACGUGUGUCGAGGAACCUUCUAUUUUGUUCUAAGGAAGCUUCGCCAUCUUUGGCGUCAAAGUGUUAAGAGUUUCUUUGUUCACAUUUUUACAUUCAGCGGAUACUUCGACAGUAUUUAACCCUGGGCGUGCUGGAGGGGAUGCGCCACUCAAAGCGAAUGCGUUCUCCUGGUACCUGGCUUGACGAGUACAGCUGGGAAGAGAGAAUGGAGUGUCGUAAGCGAAGGAAACAAGAUUCGCACAGCAGCGAAAGAGAAAAUAAGUCCAGAAGAACUCAACGCCACCUCAAGAUAAAUGAGGGACACUACCUGGAGUCCCGCAGUUUGAACCCGAGGCUGGACUCUCGGGAAGGACGCACUUGUGACCACAGUUUACACAUGGCCUAUGAGGACAACAGCCGGGGAGGCAUCUGCAAGGACAGGGAUCUUGAUUGGCACCACUACAGCAAGUCAUCGUGCCGUAGUGGACGCAGUGGUCGGAGUGGGCGCAGCAGGCGAAGCAGGCACAGCAGCCGCAGACACAGAGACAGAAGACGCAGGCGUAGUCCCUCUCGCCACAGAUCCUCCUCGAGGAGGAGCCAUCGCCGCAGGAGCAGGAAAAGAUCCAGGAGUGUUGAGGAUGAUGGCGAGGGUCACCUCAUCUAUCACAUUGGAGACAUGCUGAGAGCGAGAUAUGAGAUUGUGUGCACUUUAGGAGAGGGAGCCUUUGGGAAGGUCGUGGAAUGCAUUGAUCAUUCUAAUCAAGGAGCUCGAGUGGCUCUGAAGAUCAUUAAAAACAUUGACCGCUACCGAGAGGCGGCUAAGUCAGAGGUAGAGGUGCUUGACCAUUUGAAGUCCCUUGACUCUGACAACAGAUAUUCAUGUGUACACAUGCUGGACUGGUUUGACUAUCACGGCCAUGUUUGCAUCGUCUUUGAGCUGCUUGGGCUCAGCACCUAUGAUUUUCUCAAGGAGAACAACUUCAUGCCUUUCCCCAUUGAACACAUCCGACUCAUGUCCUACCAGAUCAUCCGAGCUGUGCGAUUUUUGCACAAGAACAAGCUGACUCACACGGAUCUGAAGCCUGAGAAUAUUCUGUUCAUUGAUUCAGACUAUGAUAUGGAGUACAACCCUGAAAAGAAACGGGAUGAACGAACUCUGAAAAGCGCAGCUGUGAAACUUGUGGACUUUGGUAAUGCCACAUAUGACCACGAGCACCACACAUCUGUGGUGUCUACACGUCACUACCGUGCUCCUGAAGUGAUUUUAGAUCUGGGCUGGAACCAGUCCUGUGACAUCUGGAGUGUCGGCUGUAUACUCAUCGAGUAUUAUCUUGGAUCGACUCUAUUCCAGACUCAUGACAGCAAAGAGCAUCUUGCUAUGAUGGAGAGAGUCCUGGGUCCCAUUCCCACAAACCUCCUGCAGAAAACUAGGAAAAAACGUUUUGUUCACCGGUGCAAGCUGGACUGGGAUGUGUACAGUUCAUCUGGGAGAUAUGUCCGAAAACGCUUAAAACCCCUCAAGCAUUACAUGGUGUCCAAUAGUGAAGACCAUCAGCAGCUGUUUGACCUCGUAGAGAAGCUGUUGGAGUAUGACCCAGCAAAGCGCCUCAGCCUCGAACAGGCCCUCCGUCACCCUUUCUUCUCCUCUUACUACAGCAGCAGCAGCAGCAAAAGCAGCAGCAGUAAAAAAGACUGAACUCCUGAACCUGUAAACUUGUAAUCUUUGACCUGCAGCCUUGGCCCCGGCCUGGCUGUCAGCGUGACAUUCAUCAUGGUGCUCGGUGCUGCGCUGGACAUCCUGACUCUCUGGGAGAGGUGUACGUUAGCUGACUGUAUCAGUCCACUGCCCUGCUUUACUGUGUCCUGGCUCCUACACCUGUGCAUUUCUUAAAUUCUCUUCUUUCUUUUCACAUGUGACAUGCUGAUGCUAUGUUUAUUUAUUUGCUGUUGUAAUUUAAAACGUAGCCCUGGUCACCUAUGCUUGUAGCGUUUAUUUUAAAUUUCCUGCUUUUUCUGGUUUUCCUCCGUGUCCUGUUUAUGAUGAUGAAUUGCAUCCCCUUGGCUUCCAUCUCGCCAUAAAUGAUUUAUGCAGUGUUAAUGUAAAAAAGCUCCUGCAGACAGGAAACCCUUGUGUAUAGACUUAGUUCAGGUGUUUUUUUUUUUCACUGGUUAUAUAUAUAUAUAUAUA